AAAUGAUGAAAAUUUGCGGCAUACUGCUCUGCACACGAAACAACAAGAAACAAAUGACAUCAUUAAUAUCAAAUUUUAAACGCUCGAUAGGAAACAAUUCGGACUAUUUUAUUACGACUCCAAUAUUUUAUGUCAAUUCUGCGCCGCAUAUUGGUCAUCUUUACUCAGCUUUGUUGGCAGAUGCACAUUAUAGAUUUAGGAGAUUAAAGGAACCUAAUAAACGUGGUAUAUUCUCGACUGGAACGGAUGAGCAUGGAUUAAAAAUUCAGCAAGCUGCAGCCUCGGCAGGUAUAACACCAGAUCAACUGUGUAGAGAGGUGUCUGGUGAAUUUCGAUCACUUUUUGACGAAGCUGGAAUCAGCUAUACAGACUUUAUACGAACUACAGAACUUAGACAUAAGACUGUUGUUGACAGUAUAUGGAAGCAGCUUUAUGCGUCUGGAAAUCUGUACAGGACUACCUACAGCUCCUGGUACAGCGUACAGGAUGAAGCUUUUUUAACAAGUACACAGGUGGAGGAGAGGGAUGGGGUUCAUUAUAGUUUAGAAAGUGGUCACAGGGUGGAGUGGGCGUCAGAGGAAAAUUGGUGUUUCAGGUUAAGUGAUCAGAAGGAGAAAAUAUUAAAAUGGUUAAAGGAUUGUCAACCUAUUCAGCCAGCACAGUUUCAAGGACAAGUUUCCGCAUGGUUAGAAGAUGAAAAGUUUGGUGAUUUAUCUGUUUCUCGACCUAAAUCUAGAUUAAAAUGGGGAAUAUCUGCCCCAGACUCAGAAGAUGAGAUUGGAGACACAAUUUAUGUUUGGCUGGAUGCUCUUGCAAAUUAUUUAACUGUAGCUGGAUACAAACAAGGAGAACAAAUUCCAAUAUGGCCGCCCUCGGUCCACGUGAUAGGAAAGGAUAUUCUCAAGUUCCACGCGAUUUACUGGCCGGGAUUUCUGAGCGCUCUCGAACUGCCUUUGCCGCGUAAAAUUUUAGUUCACUCCCACUGGAUGGUGGACGAUGUAAAGAUGUCUAAAUCUUUAGGCAAUGUUCUAAAUCCACAUGAUCUCAUAACUAAGUAUGGUGUAGACGGUACAAGGUACAUGCUGUUAAGAGAAGGGGUUCCGCAUAUGGAUGGAAACUUUUGUCAUGAUAGAAUGUUGCAUUACCUGAACCAUGAACUAGCAGAUACAUUAGGAAACCUAUUGAAUCGAUCCUGUUCAAAUGGUGUGAAUCCAUCGCAAAUAAUUCCUGAUUGGAAUCCAUGUUUUCAGAAUUUUUCCACCACCUUGUCUAGUAGUUUAAUAGAUCAUCUUGAAUCCUUACCCGACACUGUUAAAACAGCAUACGAUACUUUCAACUUUUAUCAGGGAAUCGUGUUAAUAAUGGAUGUCUUGAGAUUAACCAACUUGUUCGUCCAGGAGGAGAAGCCCUGGGAGUUGAAGAAAAUGAAUCCAGAAAGAUUAAAUUUUGUUCUGGCGCUCAGUCUCGAGAGUCUUAGGGUUUGUGGAAUCCUACUUCAACCCAUUGUUCCCUCCCUCGCCCAUACACUUCUUUCAAAACUCAUGGAACCUACAGAUACAAGAUUAUUUAUCCAUUGCAAACAUCACCCUUGGCAAGAAAAGGGGGCUGCCAAGGGACCCCAAACGACCCUUUGUGGACGAGGUUUGAGGGUAGACAAGGUUGUUUUGUUUAAGAAAAUUCGUUAAUUUCAGAAAA